GCACAGCGGCCACAUUUGUUGGCGGAGCACAGACACUAUCAUAGCUAUGUCUGAUAUUGAGGCUGGCAGUUUGAUGGCCAAGGAGGCCAGACCCGACGAGAAGACAGUGCAGGUGUUGCGGGAUAUGGCUAACCGCCUGCGCAUCCAUUCCAUCAGGGCCACUUGCGCUUCGAGCUCCGGCCACCCUACAUCAUGCAGCAGUGCUGCUGAGAUCAUGUCUGUGCUUUUCUUCCACACGAUGAGAUAUAAACAGUCAGACCCAGAGAACCCAGACAACGACCGAUUCAUCCUCUCAAAGAGACUGUCCUUUGUUGAUGUGGCAACAGGAUGGCUUGGGCAAGGACUGGGGGCUGCGUGUGGGAUGGCAUAUACUGGCAAGUACUUUGACCAGGCCAGCUACCGUGUGUUCUGCCUCCUGGGAGAUGGUGAGUCGUCUGAAGGCUCUGUCUGGGAGGCAUUGGCCUUCGCUUCCUACUACAGUCUGGAUAAUCUUGUGGUGAUCUUUGAUGUGAACCGCCUGGGACAUGGUGGCACCUUGCCCCUUGAGCACUGCAUAGAAGUCUAUCAGAAGCGCUGUGAAGCCUUUGGGUGGAACACUUAUGUGGUGGAUGGUCGUGAUGUGGAGGCACUGUGCCAGGUGUUCUGGCAAGCAGCCCAAGUGAAAAGCAAGCCCACUGCCGUGGUUGCCAAGACCUUCAAGGGCCGGGGCAUGCCAAAUGUUGAAGAUGCAGAAAAUUGGUAUGGAAAACCAAUGCCAAAAGAAAGAGCAGAUGCAAUUAUCAAAUUAAUUGAGAGCCAGAUACAGACCAACAGGAGUCUUUUACCACAACCCCCUAUUGAGGAUUCACCUCAAGUCAAUAUCAUGGAUAUAAAAAUGACCUGUCCACCUGCUUAUGAAGUUGGCGAUGUGGUAGCUACUCGAAAAGCAUGUGGUUUGGCUCUAGCUAAGCUGGGCCAUGCAAACAACAGAGUCAUUGUGCUGGAUGGUGACACCAAGAACUCCACCUUCUCUGAGAUAUUCAAGAAAGAACACCCUGAACGAUUCAUCGAGUGUUUUAUUGCUGAGCAAAACAUGGUGAGCGUGGCACUGGGCUGUGCCACCCGUGGUCGGACCAUUGCUUUUGCUAGCACUUUUGCUGCCUUUUUGACCCGAGCAUUUGAUCAGAUCCGCAUGGGAGCCAUCGCUCAAAUCAACAUCAACCUUAUUGGUUCUCACUGUGGGGUGUCCGUUGGUGAAGAUGGCCCUUCCCAGAUGGCCCUGGAAGAUCUGGCUAUGUUCCGAGCAGUUCCCAACUGCACUAUUUUUUAUCCAAGUGAUGCUGUCUCCACGGAACAUGCUAUUUAUUUAGCAGCCAAUACCAAGGGAAUGUGUUUCAUUCGAACCAGCCGGCCAGAAACUGCAGUUCUUUAUACCCCUCAAGAAACCUUUAAGAUUGGACAGGCUAAGGUUGUCCGCCAAAGUGUCAAUGACAAAGUCACGGUUAUUGGAGCUGGAAUUACUCUGCAUGAAGCCUUAGUGGCUGCUGAUGAUCUCUCUAAACAAGAUAUUUUUAUCCGUGUCAUUGAUCUGUUUACCAUUAAACCCCUGGAUGUUGCCACCAUCAUUUCCAAUGCAAGAGCCACAGGCGGCCGGAUUAUCACAGUGGAGGAUCACUACCCAGAAGGUGGCAUUGGGGAAGCUGUCUCUGCAGCUGUCUCCAUGGAGCCUGACAUCCUGGUUCAUCAGCUGGCAGUGAUGGGAGUGCCUCGGAGCGGGAGACCCAGCGAGCUGCUGGAUACAUUUGGAAUCAGUGCCAGACACAUCAUUGUGGCUGUGAAAUGCAUGUUGAUGAACUAAAAUAGCUGUUGAUUCUGUCUUAGAAGACUGGCCUCUGUACCUUAUAUUUAGGCUUGUUCUAAAACCAUUGUUGAAACUCUUGACCUUUGCUCUCCUUAAAGCCAGCUAACACCUUUCUUCAUUCCUAAUUCACAAAUCCCAGUUAACUACUUUCCUUUUAAACAAUGAGUAUAUAUACACAUGUGCUCCUUUUUGAAUCAUUAAAGUGGAUUAUAAAUUUUAAGUGAAAAGAAAUAGCAACCAUCUGAUAUUAAGUUUCCUACACAUAAAUAGGUGAGGAUCACUGUAGAAGUGACAGUUUCUUAAAUGUAUUUCCCUCAUAAGAGAACAAAAUGUGCAUUGAAUUGUAGACCACAGUAGCCCUGGUUUCAUAUACUGCCAUUCCCAGUUUGAGAUUCCAUGUGCUGCCUUCUUACCUGCAGUUUCCUGGGUAAUAUGUGACUUCAGCUGCACCAGAGUUUCCUCUGUUGUUUGCCUUCAUCUCCCCACCACAAUUCAGAGGCUGUCGAGCAGCAGCCAAAGCUGUUAGGAUGUCCUGUGCUGCUUGUGGUGACUGUUCUGUGAAAACAUGAGGGCACAGCUAGACCUGGUCCCUAUACUGUUCAAGUCGUUGUUAAUAAAGCAUUUCAAAAGCA